AUGGGAGGAAGGGCCGUGCCCCCAGAGGAACCUCUGCUCUCGACUUUCGAGGAGGGCUUUGGAUACAUCACCUCUGCUGCAGUUGGACUUUCGCUAAAUGAGUAUCAGCUCGUCCGCAAACUGGGUUGGGCUGCCAACUCCUCCGUGUGGCUCGCGCUCGACCACUCGGCGGACACAAGAACCUUCGUUGCCUUGAAAAUCUUAACGUCGCAAGCCUCUGCAACAAUUGUCGGGGGUCAUUCACCAGAGAGAGAUGUAUUCCGGAAGAUCGAAUCUGCCAACCCCAACAGCCCCGGAUUCAACCACUGCUUGACUCUCCAACGUUGUUUUAUUGCCAGCAGCGCGGCCGGCGGUCACAUAUGCUUCGCGACGGAGCCGUUGAGCUCGAGCGUAGCAAACUUUCGAGUGCCUGGGCAGGAUUGGCUCGCCCUGCCCAUUGCGAAGCGCAUCACAAAACAGGUCCUUCUCGCUCUCGACUACCUUCAUCGUGAAUGCGGAUAUAUUCACACUGCGAAGUUGUUUGAGCUUCUCACCAAUUUGUCCCUUUUCGGCCAGGACGUUCAUAAUUACUCACAUGAACUCCAUUUGCAGUAUAUCGUAGAGGCUUUAGGGCCGUUCCCACUUGAAUUCCACAAAGAUUGCGAGGAUCGGGACAAAUACUUUGAUGAGAAAGUCCCUUUGCGAGAGCUUAAAGUCGUUGACGAGAGCGAGAUUCUAGGCACUGCUGCAUUCUUACGCAGAUGUUUGAUAUUAGAUCUGAAGUUGCGUCCGAGUGCCCAAGAGCUACUAAAAGAUGGGUGGCUAUUUAUGUUCUCAAUGUCUACUGUUUUCAAAGAAAACGUCUCCGCCUACUUCACCAUCCCGGCAAAUCCUGGCAAAGUUUGGCGACUUCGUCGUUGGAUCCAAGGCCACUCCCAAGCCCAACCCAAGCCAGGACACGGAGAGCUCCUGAUCAAAAUCCGCUCGACCGCGCUCAACCCAGUCGAUUGGAAGAUCCAUAAAUAUGGUAUUUUUGUUGAGGAGUUCCCCGCAGUCCUUGGGUCGGAUCUUUCAAGUUCAGAGGACGUUGUUGAGGUUGGGGAAGGCGUUACCGCUCCUGCAAAGGGAGAUCGAGUCUUCGCUCAAGGUCAAGAGGAUAUACAAGAGACGACACAUACACACGUAGCAACAACGACACAUUCCCGAUUUGGGCAGCCGGAGUUUUAA